GAACGGGGCACUCCAACCAGUGCCUGUUGUGGUUAUUUCAUGUAUCUUACGUGUGUAUGCAACACUUUGGCUAUAUGAUUUGGGACUCCAUUGAAAUAUGAACAUUUGGUUGUGUUGAUUGAGGCCCUGUGAAUUUUGCAGUGAAAUGUCAAUGACGAAACCGAUUUAUGAGAGUGUCUGCUUGGCAAAAAUGGAAUUUUUGGGGCAAUUGAAAAUACAUGUGAAACUGUUUAUUGAUGCAAGGUCCGUUUAAUCUUUAAAAAAAAAAAGAAUUGACAAUACAGAAGCCUUGAAAUUUGGCCGUUUCAUAAAGGGACCAUUGGUUGUAUCAGCCACUCAAACAUCGAUAACAAAAGAGAAACUUGUGAGGGAAAGUGUCUUGUUAAAUAUGCCUGGCAUGCAGAAUACACACCGCCGGUACGUUGAUAAUCCAAACUGAGUUGGAUAAUUCAAACUGAAGAAACAAAAAAAAGUCGGCCGAAACUGAAACUGAAAGGCCCAUUUAAUUCCAUAAAGUCUUACUGGGAGAUACACAGCGAAAACCCUGCUGAAAAAAAUAUCGGAUGUCGCAAGACCCCUCGGUACACAGGAAUACUGGUGUUACUUCUUUGCACGCUACUUGUCCUUUUGUACUCAUGUAUAAUGCAACGUCGGGACAAUAUACCAGGAGGACGAUUGCCAAUGUAAAAGGUCAUAUUAACCAAUGGGCAAUUUAAAGGUUACACGUUGAGGAGAAAACAAUGCUGAUAAAAUUGCUCGGGUGCCGUAGGUCCCUCCGGUCCGCUAGUACGUUGGCUGGGCUUAUAUGCGCCUUGCUGGUCCUUCUGUACACGUUGGAUAAGGCGACAUCCGGCCGAUAUAUCAGGAUUGCAUUUGGAGGUGUUAAAGAGACAGGGUUCUCUCGCCCAGUGGAAGAAUACGUCAGUCAUCUUUUGAAGACCGACCCAAGAACUGCAGAGUUUGUCGAUACGUCUGAAGCCGACGCUCUUUUCGACAAGGUCCGAAUUCUGUGCCUCAUCCUCACGACAGAAGCUAACCUUCAUACACGCGCACGCGCAGUGAACGCCACGUGGGCACGACGUUGCAAUAGCCACUACUUCGUUUUACAGACACGUUACGAAAAAGAUGACGUCAUCAUGACGCCGUACAACGAUACAAGGAACAACCUCAUUUACAAAGUUCGUCACGCGAUGAUCCACGCCUACACGAAUCUUAUGGGCACAUUUGAUUGGGUGUUAAAGGCCGACGACGAUACCUACGUCAUACUGGAGAACCUUCGCUUUUUGUUGAGUAAUUAUGAUAAAGACAAACCCGGUUACCUUGGUUACCAUUUCAACAUGUACGUUGAAAACCACGGGUACAUGAGUGGCGGAGCUGGCUACGUCAUGAGUGUCGCUGCUUUACGGCAAAUGGUCGAUUCUGGAUUAAACAAUUACGCAUGCGCACUGACUAAAACGUAUUUAAUAGCGGAAGUGAGCGAAGACUUUGAGAUCGGGAAGUGUUUAAAAAUAGCCGGUGUUCCGAUUUUAAGUUCUAUGGAUGUUUUGGGGCGGGAGACAUUUCACCCAUAUCCAUUUGAACAAUAUUUGUUGGACUUUCUGCCCGAAUAUUUAUACGACUGGUCGAAUACUCGACCUCAGAGGGGAUACAACUGUUGCAGUCCAUUCUCCAUAAGUUUUCAUUACAUGAAGCCCGAAACCAUGCUUAUGAUGGACCAUUUGCUGUAUCGAAUCCAUAUACACGGCCGUAAUACCGCGGGGAACCCGGCCGGAAAAUCUAUUUUUAGACUGGAACGCGUGGAAAACAUGCGCAAACCGAAGGUUGUAAUUGACAAAAUUGCGUGAGGAAAAUAUCUCUAACUAAAUUGAAUCAGUCGUCAAGAUGUCGAAUGGUGGCCUCGUAAUUUCGAGGUCAUUGGUUCGCAUUUCGGAAUUUCGUCUAGACCACUGAAAUAGUUCUGACACCAACAUAGAAUUCACUCACCUCUCCCCACCCAUAU